AUGAAGGCCCUUAGGCAACUUCCAGCACUUAUAUUUUUCUUCUUCCAAACAGCUUCUGGAUUUCUGCCGAAGGUAAAAGAACGUGGAAAGCCAUCACACAUGAAAAUGUCCUUGAAACCAGCAGCCAUACCUUUGAUGGAUUCGGGGAAAGCACUAGCAAGAUGUGGGGAGAUUCUCAUCGAUCUGACUAGCUCCUUGAAUCUUUAUGGCGGUGGAUUGUCAGCAGCAGGAGCACAAAUACGCAACUCCGGUGACUGUGUGGCACAGGCUGCGGCUUCGUGCCGAUUCAAAACAGCAGGAGAACUUGUAUGUGACGAAUUACGAGAAGGUGCAACGUGCUUGUUAGAAGCGGCAGACAAGCUCAAGCUAGCAAUUGAUGAGGCAUACAUAGAUGACGAUCCCGCACUUGCGGCAGCGAUGGAAAAAAUGGCAGAUACUUUGGGAAAAGCAGGAAAUGAUCUGGAGGGCGCUGGUGCUUGUAUCAUGAUUCGCCUUCCAGUUUCUGAAGUUGGCGUCAAGCUAGGGGGCUGUGGCCAAUCACUAGAGAAAAUUUCGAAACAGAUUCUGGACCUUGCACCUGAACAAGUCGAAUCCACAGAGAGCUCGCAAAGAAUGGCAUACGCAGCACAGAAGAUGGUGGAAGCAGCUAAUGAACUGCAAAGCUUGAAAAAGCCUACUCCAAAAGGAAAAGGGUGGCUGAAACAGUAA